AUGGCAACACCAGAGGAGCAGUACGGCCAGAUCCUGGCGCUUCUCGGUCAGAACUCCAAGGGGAUCGAGGAACUACGCAGUUCCAUGGUGGAGAUGCAGGCCUUGAGGACUGACAUCAACAGUUGGAAGCCCAUCGUCGAUAGCUGCGUCACUGACCUGGAGCACGCGGUGAUGGAUCUCGAUGAGCGCAUGGAGCAGGCGCUGGGGACUCUACUACCACAAGCGCAAUCGGUGGACUCCUCGAUGGUGAUGCUGUCGGGCUGCAUCACCAUCGCCCAACCUCCACCGACCACCGCUCCGGGGGACCUCUCUGCCUCCGCGAGCCUGAAGGUGCCGGGCUCCGCCCAUCUGGAGCCUACCCCGCCGCAGGCAGCAUCUAGACUGUCCCUGGUUUUGCUUGUAAUCAUUCAUGGAAGGAUCUCUGUUCUACCAUCUGCAGAGGAGGUAUUGGCGGGCACAAGCAAACGGGACUUCCAUCGUCCUGAUAUCUCUUAUGGCAAGAAUGUGUCGAUUGAUGGUGGCCGGUCUUCUAUGCCGCUGUCUCCACCUUAUACCAAGAGUACUUCAAAUCGAGCUAACACCAGACCACCUAAAGGAUCUUCUUCCAAGUCACCCACUGAAGCUAUGGCCGACCUCAAGUCUUUUCGCCGUGCCAAAGGCUUAUGCUUCAAAUGUGGUGAGAAGUGGGGACCCGGUCACAAGUGCCCCAAGACUAUACCUCUGAAUGCAGUUGAAGAGAUUUGGAAAUUGUUUGAUGAUAACUCUGAUUGCUCAGUCGACUGUCCACCUGUUGAUACUAAUUCGGGAGAUGAUUUGAUGCACAUUUCUGUUCAAGCGGUAAAAGGCACUGAAUCAAGUAGGACUAUCAGGCUCCAAGGUUAUAUAGCUGCUCAUCAAGCUUAUAUGCUAGUUGAUUCUGGAAGCACUAAUUCCUUCGUCAGUGAGCAAUUAGCUUCUGCUAUUCCUGGAUGGACAGCUCUCAAACAACCAAUCCAGGAUAGAUCUCUUAUGCAGCAGCUCCUGCAUCAGCACCUAUUGCGAGCUCAUAAGAAGAUGAAAAUUCAAGCAGACAAGCACCGCUCUGAUAGAAAUUUUGCAGUCGGUGACUAUGUUUAUCUAAAGUUACAACCUUAUGUCCAAUCUUCUGUGGCUCUGAGAUCUUCCAACAAGUUGUCCUUCCGUUAUUUUGGGCCUUACCAGAUCCUGUCCAAGAUUGGUUCUGUUGCAUAUACUCUGCAAUUAUCUGCUGGCUCCAGGAUUCAUCCAACUUUUGAUGUAUCCCAGUUGAAGAAAGUUGUACCCUCUUCUUCACACUUGGUAUGUCCUGAAUUACCAUCUUCCUCUGACAGUCUUCAGGUACCUCUAGAAAUCCAUGAUCACCAUCUACAUCUUCACGGCAACAAGACUCAACCUCAUCAAGUGUUGGUACGCUGGUCCCGUACACCAUUGGAGUUGUCGACUUGGGAAGAUGAAGACGCGCUUUGCCAGGAGUGUCCCCGUGCGUCGGCUUAG